AUGCUCGUUUUACUGGGUUUAGUAUGUCUCUUCUCGGUUGCUCUGAGCGUGAACCUGAAUCACAAUCUUGAGGCUCGUCUCGAGCAGGAGGCUGCGGUCGGUCAUUUCCCUCCUCCUCGCCAGACCAACCAACAUACCCAUGAUCCUACUAUUAUGCGCGUUGGUGAUACCUUCUACCUGUACAAUGUCGGCGAACAUAUCUUCAUUCACACUGCUCCGACCAUGGCUGGACCAUGGAAGCAUGUUGGAUCUGUGCUUGACGCCAACGCUGUGGUUCCCAAGGGCGAUCGUGCUGUGCCCUGGGCACCUGACGUCGUCUAUGUGGAUGGUACCUAUUACUGCUUCUACAGCCGACAUCUCAGUCAUCCUGGUCCUGGCGGUUGGGUUGAUCAUGGCGCUGUCAUUCAAACUGGAACCGGCAAUGGAUCUGAUGUUUAUCCCUAUACCCAGUCUAAUGCCAUUGACCCCAGUGUCAUGCUCACUCCGGAAGGGAAACCCUAUUUGACCUUCGGCAGCUAUUGGACUGGCAUCUACCAGGUUCCACUCGACAAUACGCUCCUUUCUCCGCUGAGUACGACGGAACCUGACGCUAAACAUCUGGCUUGGGAACCAAAUGCUGUCGGCAACCCGGGUCAAAAGACCACCUCGGUCUGCGGCGACCCCACGGGGCCUCAUGCCAUUGAAGGCGCGUUCAUCUCGUACCACGAUGGAUGGUACUACCUGUGGUACAGCCACGGAUUCUGCUGCAACCUGAACAAAGACAAGCUACCAGCGGCUGGCACCGAAUACAGCAUCCGCGUCGGACGCUCCCACAACGUCCGUGGUCCAUUUAUCGACAAGUCUGGCAAAGACCUUACAGAUGGUGGCGGCGAAAUCGUCUACGGCUCCAACGGUGAAACCUACGCUCCAGGCGGGCAAGGCGUGAUUCGUAUUGGCGACACCGACGUCCUCUACUACCACUAUCAAAACAAAACAAUUGGCGUUGCAUUCUCGGAUGCAUUCCUAGGAUUCAACCCUUUGAAAUAUGUCAACGGGUGGCCCAUUGCGCUGGCCUAA